GAUUUUGCCGGUUCGUCGCUUAUGCCACUGUUGCGGUCUUUUGUCUGUUUCGUUGGAAUCUGUCUCGCUUUGGCGGCGCGAAAAUCAUUCACGUUCGUUGAUAAUAAACGUGUAUUGGUGCGUGCGUGGAUAUGUGUGUGUGUGUGCGUGCUUGAUCGUAAGAGGUUGGUAGGGGAAGGAAGACUCUUCGCACCAUCGUAAAAGACAACGGUUGUGAAGAAUGAUGGUAGUGGGGUGAUCGCUGCAAUAAAGCUCAUCCAGUUUUCAGUAGAGUUUUUGGCUCCGCUGUCCGCUUGUUUGGUACAUAGAUUAGGUUUUAGACUGUCGGAGCUUCUCCGGCGUUUGUUGGCCAGAAACGAUCAGUUCGAUUCGGACACGCGCACUGAACGGUGUGGCAGGACUCGACAGUACCUGCUGCUACUUCGACAACGCCUGACGCGAUCACGAGUGAUUUUCUCACUAGAGAAAAAGAAUCAAUAAACAAGCGUUCUGUUCUGUCACUUGCCUUUGAAAAGAGCGUCCAGUGAAGAGUUCACAAAGCAAGCACAAGAUAAAGCCGUAAGUGCAGGUGAAACGUGGUGAGUGAAACACCAAAAAAACGAGCAAACCAGCUUCACCAAAAUGAAUCCAGACGUGCAGAUAAGUGAACCCAGCAACGGCAUCCUGGACCGUGUGAUGAGGUUUUUCGUUGAUAAUCAAGAUGAGCGCACGAAGGAGUGGUUCCUGUCUGGAUCGAUCACCCCCCUGAUCAUGAUCCUUGUGACGUACCUGUACUUCUGCCUGUACGCUGGUCCCCGCUAUAUGGCGAAGCGAAAGCCCUUCAAGCUGGAGAAUGUGCUGAUUGCGUACAAUGCGGUCCAGGUGUUGCUCAGCAUCGUGUUAGUGUAUGAAGGUAUUGAAGGCGGUUGGAGGAAACAUUACAAUUACUCGUGUCAACCUGUGGACUACAGUCGAAACCCGGUAGCAAUGAGGAUGGCUCGUGCCGUUUGGAUGUACUACAUGUGCAAGGUCGUGGAGCUGCUCGAUACGGUGUUCUUCGUACUGCGGAAGAAACAGAACCAGGUUUCGUUCCUGCACGUCUACCACCACACCUUGAUGCCAAUCUGUGGCUUCAUUGGCGUCAAGUACUUUGCCGGGGGCCACGGUACGCUGUUGGGCGUCAUCAACUCGUUCAUCCAUGUCUGCAUGUAUGCGUACUAUAUGCUGGCCGCAAUGGGCCCUAAGGUCCAAAAGUAUCUGUGGUGGAAACGUUAUCUGACCGUAAUGCAGAUCGUUCAGUUCAUUAUCGUGUUCUUCCACACUGUUCAGGUACAGUUCCAGCCCAACUGUUCCUAUCCGAAAUCAAUCGCCGCCCUGCUCACACUGAACGCCGGCCUGUUCAUCUACAUGUUCAGCUCGUUCUACGUGCACUCGUACAUCCGCAAAACGAAUGCGGCCGCGAAGCGCACCGCAAAGCCCGGCGAGGAAAACAACAACCAGUUGGAGUGCAAACCAAAGGACGCCGUCGAGGUGAACACGCGGACAGCCGUAAUGGCGACGGGCGAGAUUAAGAAGGAGCUGUAGGCUAGUUUUAUGCGUAAGAUAAUCUCUCUUCUUCUUGCGUGCGCGAGUAUACUCACGCUGGCUCAGGAGGGUGGGUUGUGGCAAAAUUGAACUGGAGUAGGAGUUCGGAACAGAUCGUGGAUACAUGAAAGGGAUCCAAAGAAUGAUGGGGAGAAGCAAAAAAAAAACGAAUGAAAGGGCUAGCUCAAAGUCAACAGAUAUCUUCCCACCACGGCCUAAUUCUGCAAGCUCCACACAGCUCGCAGGAGUUUGCUAGAGUGUAGGACUAAAACAAAAAAAGAAAAUCUGUAGCUUAAUAGCUGGGAAGCAUAUCACUUAGGGAAGUAAAUCAGAAACAGCACCAUCAUACACAUUCACUCCAUCACGGUCCAUGCCUUUCAUGAUCUCAAGCAAGAUCUUGAUGUGAACCCUUCGACGGACUGGUAUUUGCAGUUGUGAGACGCACGUAUGUCCGAACACGUGUUAGGUCGUCAACGUUAUGAUUGCACCAUCGUUGUGCGUUACAGCGUUACAGUUGGGUACUAGCAAAGAUGGUCGAAAUCGAAGCCUCCAUUCAAACCGAAGUUUAGUCCUUCCGGGAGCAGUGUAUUGUUUUUAUAUACUAUGUUUAGCUAAAACCGACGCGUGCGAUGUACAUUAUUAAUUUUUUUUGCUAGAUUAUUUAAUUUAAACACGGAAAUGAGAAACGGUACGAAA